GCCCUCGUGGCCGCCGUGGAUCACGACCUGCAGCUGAUUGGGGAGCGGGCCCUCGUGGCCGCCGUGGAUCACGACCUGCAGCUGAUUGGGGAGCGGGUGCGGCGCCUGACGGGCGCCCAGGGCGCCGCACGCCUCGCCGCCGCGCUGGCCGCCGCCCGCGCCGCCGCCGCCGCCGCCGCGCUGCGGCAGCGCGGCGCCGCGGCGGCUGCGGCGGCCGCGGCGGCUGCCGCGGCUGCAGGCCAGGCGAGCCAGGCGGGCGCGGAGGGAGGCGGCCAGGGAGAGAUGGGUCCGGGAGAGGGUGAGGGACAGGGCGGGACGCCGCGGGCCUCGCCGACAAUGCUGGCCAGGUCCCCCAGCCAGUCGCCCGUCAAAAAGCUGCCCCGCAGCUCCGGGCGGUACAGCGGUACCGAGAGCGGCGCGGGCGGCGGCGGCGCCGCCGCCGGCCCCGACCCCGCCGCCGGGCUGUCCAGGUGGGCAGCCCCGCCGCUGCGACAUGCGACACGGCGCAUGCUGCACGGCAUUCCUGCGGCGCCUGGCUGCCUGGCUGCGGUGGACAUGGACGCUGAGCUGGCGACACGUGGCGCCAACCUGGCGCUCGCCUGGCACCUGCUCUACAACCCCGCCUGGCAGCUUCCCUCCGAAGAUCUGGAGGCAGCCUGGCGGGACGCACUGGGCGAGACCGACCCCCUGACCGAGCAAGCGCCCGGCGCCUCCCCUUCCUCCGCCUCCCGCGGAGCUGCUGCCUCUGCCUCUGCCUCCGCCUCUGCCUCCCCAGGAGGCUCUCAGGCGGAGCGCGAGGCGGCGGCCGCGGGCGACGCCGGCGGCGCCGAGGCGCUGCGGGCGGCCGUCGGGCGCCGCGUGCGGCGGCUGGCGGAGCGCGCCUUUUGGGACGGAGUACAGGAGAAGCUGGCCGGCGGCGGCGGCGCCGCGGCGGCGGCGGAGCAGGCUGCCGGUCUGCUGGCGGAGCUGGGGGCUCAGCUGGGCGAGGUGCUUCCCGGCAGCUGCCCGGAAGCCGAGGAGGUGGCGGCGCGACUCGACCCGCACCUGCUGCUGCAGGAGCUGCUGGGCGGCGGGGCCGGCGGCGCCGGCAGGGCAGAUGGUACCGGCAGUACUGGCAGUACCACCGGUACCGCUUCUAUGAACGUCCCCGCCCUGCUGGGCCUGCUGGACUGGUCUGCAAGCCUGGUGGCCCGCAUGGGGGCGCCUGCGCGCGACGCGGCCGCCGCCGCCGCCCGGGCGGCCGUGCAGGCGCAGCUGGCGGACGACGGUACGGGCGGUACCGCGGCGGCCGCCACCCGCGCGCUACGCCUGCUCAGCGUGCAGCUCAAGCUGCUGCGCCUGGACGCUGUUGCAGAGGAGGCUCGGCAGGCGCAGGCGCUGCCGGCGCUCCGCGCCGGCCUGCGCUCCGCCCCCGGCGGCGACGCCUCGCCUGGCGGUGCCGUAGGGCGGCAGCUGCUCACGGCGCCGGUGGCGGCGGCCAGCUGGCGGGGGCUGGUGCGCCUGGGGCUGGUGCAGCUGGUGUCAGGCGAGGGCGCGGUGGCCCGCCUGCCCCUGCCAGAGACGCUUCGCCUCGACACGCCCCGCCUGCACGCGGCGCAGGCCGAGUUCCAGCGACUGCUGGUCCUGGCCGCCUGCCUGAUGCUGGUGCGGCAGGGGGCCGCCGCCGCGGGGAAGGCCUUUGGCGUAUCCCAGGCGGCGGCGGCCAAGCGGCGGCUGGGCGCGCUGCUGGCCGACCCCGCCAUGCGCCUGCCAGACCUGGCGGCUGAGGUGGCGCGCCUCGCAGGCGGGGAGGCGGGCGCGGCGCGGGAGCGGGCUGCCCAGGAGUCGAUAUCCCGCCUGCUGAGCCGCGGUGGCGGGGCGAUGAAGGCCCUGACCGCUGGGCUGUCCUCUGCGCUGCUGGCCCCGCUGCUGCUGGGCCCCGGCGGCGCCGCCGACCGACACUCGGCGUUGUCCCUCAGGCGGUGCGGCGCCGCUGACGUGGCGGGCGAGGCUGCUGAGCUGGCGCGCCAGCUGGCGGCGGUGGCUGCCGUGACCGAGGCCGUGUGCGGCGCCUGGUACGCCGCGCUUUCCGCAGACCUGCUGUGA